UAUGUGUCCUUACUGACGCUUCGCUUUCCAGUUCAUCUACUCGCUUAUCGUCCCCUAUACACCUACCCUAGGUUCGUCCUCCCUCCCUCAUCACCGUCCCCCCUCCCUUCCUCACCGUCCUCCUCCCUCCUCACCUACGCCCAUGCUGACCGCUUUUCCCAGUCUUUACUCUUGAAUGCAAUCCCGGCAUUGUGUUUCUUUGGUGAGUGCACUCCCCCUGGCGCUUCCAGGGCGAUUACUGAUCGUUUUUUCUACUUUACUGACCCUCCCCUCCCUCGCCGACUCGCCCCUCCCGGGUCCCCCACCUCGGUCUGUCUGUCACUAAUCUCCUCCCACUCGGUCAGUCACUAA